CAUCUUCCUUUUAGUACAAAGAAUAAAGCCGGUCUUAUUGUGGGAAUGACAAUAUUUCUUGCUUCUGGUUUUUCUAUCCCAUUCAUUGGUGCAUGGUGGCAACUGUAUGUAUUAACCGCGUUUGAAAAAUCAUUUGCAUUAUCAUUUGUAUCAUUUGUAUUUGGCAAUUUAUUUAACCAUCAACAUGCUUUCGAUAGUCAUAAAGUAGGAAAACCUUUUUAUAAACCUGGUCCACCACCUUCUUAG